ACGAUAAGCCAAUCAGAGGCAGAGUUGGGCUGGGGCUUCCUCCAUCUCUGUCAGUCUAAACAUGGCGCUACGGGAGCUGUCGUCGCUGGAGAAAUAUUUAGGGCUGAAGAAGCCGAACAAGUACAGCACUCAGGGGGAGAGAAAGGUCCCUGUGUUACAGAAUAACAAUGGUCCUCCGCUCGUGGGGCUGGUGACCAUCGCCUGUCACCUGGUGAAAGAGGCCAAGCGCUCAGAGCUGCUCGGCGACUCUGCAGAGAGCAGGGCCGUAGUGCAGCAGUGGCUGGAGUACAGAGUCACCCGGCUGAACAACUGCACGAAGGAGGAUGCCAAGACCAUCCUGAAGGAGCUGAACCUCUACCUGGAGGACAAAGCUUACCUGGCUGAAAACCAGUUCACCUUAGCUGAUAUUCUCAUGUACUAUGGAAUCCAACCACUCAUAGUGGACUUGGCCGUCCAGGAGAAGGAGCAGUACGUGAACCUGACUCGGUGGUUCGACCACAUGCAGCACUACCCCGGCGUCCGGCGCCACCUCCCUCCAGUAGUCGUGCUCAGAAACAGAAUUUACACCAGCAGGCACCACUGAGACCCGAUCAGACCCAGUUCAGUACGACUCAUCACAACUCUUCUGUCUCCCGGACCAGAUCUUCACAAAUCAUGUUCAAAUAUCCAAGAGCUUAUCCCAUCACAUCAUUUUUCUUUGGAUUGUGAUUCCUGCCUUUUAUGUUCUUGUGUUCUUUCAAAACAUGUUUAAUCAGGAAAGAUCUAAAACUGAAUCAACAGUUCAGUGUUACAAAAACUCUAUCAAGGGAAUUCUUGCUCAUAAAAAUAGAGUUCAGUUCAUAUUCUAUAAAAAUGUCAGUGUUUUUAAUAACGUAUAAAGAGUAAGAAUUGGAAAACAAGAAGGCCUUUUCUUUCGCUUUUAUCACACUAACAUUAUUUAUAAGAAAUUUGAUGUCUUUACCCGUACUCAGUAUUGUGGGAGAAUUUCGUUUCAACCUACUGUUGUGUAUUUGUUGCAAGGCUGUGCAGGUCAUGGUGGAGUGAGGAAUAAAUGAUGCGAGCUUGUUAAAAAGGUGUUUCUAUUUAUAUAAUGUGGCUAAGUAGGGAACGUUGUGAGCAUGUGAUAAGGGCAAUCUAUAGGAUGUUACUUAACUGUUUUUUUUAUAUUGUGUUUUAAGGGAAUACGUCUUAUUUCUUACCAAAUCAAUGCAUUUCCUCUCAGCAAUUUGUUCAAAUAAAUGUGGCUGCUGGCUCAGCACCGCGCAACAACCACAGUACCUGCAGCGUCUACAAUGUUCUGCCCCAAAGAAUCAAGUGUCUCAGCUUUCAUCCCCUAACAGGACUGCGUCUGUCACGUCCGACUCCCAGCCACUUCACUGGACACUUAGGUUUUUAUGUGUGUGCUCCUGAUUACAUCCCGCUCCCCGUUCCACUGUCUCACCAGUUGUGUGGGCAGCAGUGAGCAGUUGAGAGCGUCAGCCGCGGAGUCAGAGAUCAGAGUGAGGCUCCAAUCAGUCCCACUACCACCACUGUUGAUGCUGCAGGCCAGAGAGAGGGCAGCGGGCUUACCAGCUGCCACACAGAUCCAGCCAGCCAAGGCCAGAACGCGGGCCCCUGGGCGACAGUCAGCCACUGUGUGUCAUUUCAACCCUUUGCGCUCCCACGGGGAUACUGGAGAGAGAGGGAGAGGAGGGAGGGAGGGAGGGAGGGAGGCCGCAGAGAGAGAAAAAAAAGAGCACCCAGAGGCACAGGGAUCUUUUUGUGACAUGUGAACAAUGACCUGAGCCUCCGAAAGCCUUACUGUUGCCGACUGGAUAUUUGCUAUUAGAAUCGUUAACAGGCCAAGUCGUGGCGGCGGAGGGAGAACCUGUAAAUUGACAUCACCGAGGUCGUGUUAGGAUAAUGAGUUAUUUAUUACCAAUUGCCAAAUGCUCUUGCAGCCAUAUCAAACCAUUUCCUCUUUGCAUCGAUGCUCCUGUGUUUCGUUACCGUCUACCUCUUUUCAAAUGCCCCCACUCCAGCCAUGCUUUUCAUUUCCUCCAUGUGAAGACGCUCAACCAAUCUGUGUCUGCAGCGAUUCAUGAUCUGAUGUGUGAAGCUCCUCCUGCACCAAUAAAUCAAAAGGCAUCUGCGGCUCCCUGA